ACCACCCAAUCAGCUGUCAUAUUUCGCCGCUUUUUGCCGCAGAGUCUCCGAGAAUAUCCGUCGCGUUUUCUCACUUUUCUCUACCGUGGGCAGCAAUUUUCCAGCAUUUUCUCAUGUGUAUUGACUGUGAGUGCUCAGUGAAUUGCUAGGUGAUAUAAAUUUGCCCCCAUUGGGUGGAUUAGUGGGAAAAACGGUGACAAAAAGGCGUCUCGCAGCACCACUACAAGACAAAUGUGGGUAAAUCAAAGGCGCCGUGGUGCAAGUUGCCUACUUUUCGGGGUUUUUGUGUAAAAAAAAAGUAUCAAAAACUUCCGGAAUCUCCAACUUUUGCUGCAAAUACCCUUCCAAAAAGUGGGCCGCAGCCCUUCCUGUAUCAGCAACGGUACCUGAAGGUCUCUUUGUGCAUCGAUAUUGAUUUAUGGAGGCAUUUCAUUUAUUUGAGGCUUAUGCUAAAAUAAAGUGAAGGAAAAUGUCGUCCAGGAAAUGAACAGAGCGUUCUGGAGGAAUUUAAAAUCUCACUUUUCUGUGAAAAAUUGAGAUUAGCAAAGCCGUGAAAUGGGAGCAGCACCGAGUCUGGAGGAUGACGGGGCUGAUCCGGACGAUGAUGAGAUUAUUCCAAUGGCCAGUGGGAGGCUUUCGACGGACAGUGAGGUGGCGUGUGAGGAAGCAGCUCGGCUGACAGCGGAAUUGCAAGAGGAAGCAGCAUCACCUGAAGAUGAGGAAUCCUGCGAAUAUCAUGACCUUCCUCCACCGCCUGACGGAGGGUAUGGCUGGGUCAUCGUUUUCGCUUCCUUCAUGUGCAACAUGAUUGUAGAUGGUAUUGCUUACACCUUUGGCGUCUUUCUCGGUGAAUUUGUGACGUACUUCAACGAGGGAAAGGGAAAAGUGGCAUGGGUUGGAAGUUUACUCAGUGGAGUCUAUCUCAGUGCUGGCCCCAUUGUGUCUGCCCUGGCCAAUAAAUAUGGAUGUCGGACUGUUUGCAUCGCCGGAAGUAUCACAGCUUGUGUGGCUUUUGUUUUGAGUACCUUCAGUUCUUCAGUUACCAUGUUGAUGCUCACUUACGGUGUGAUGGGAGGUUUUGGCUUUGGUCUCAUUUACCUACCGGCCGUUGUUGCUGUGGGGUACUACUUUGAGACAAAGAGAUCUCUGGCUACGGGAAUUGCUGUCUGUGGAUCAGGAUUUGGUACUUUUGCUUUUGCACCUAUGGCAACAUUUCUGCUGGAACAUAUGGAUUGGAAGAAUGCUAAUUACAUCCUUGCUGGAUUGAUUCUAAAUUGUGCGAUCUUUGGUGCUCUAAUGAGACCUCUUGAGUAUCCAAAGAAGAAGAGGAUGAAGCCAUUGAUGCAGCGGAUGUACGAAGAGAAGCGUCUUCAGUUGGAAAGGGGAUCUAUUGGAGGUUCUUAUUUUAUGGUUCAAUUGCCUGAUGGAACAAUGGAGAAACGCAUGAAAUUGCCACUGAAUACUGAACCAGGAGUUCAUUCAAGUUUAGCACUGGAUCAAUUGGCUGCAGCAGCUCAGGGUGGUCUCCAUCCUGUGGCCACUCUGCCAACAAUUAGCGAAUCCAAGGUGGCUGAUCAUGCGGAGACGACUGAACCUGCAGCUGCUCAGCCUGAUAAUAAGCCCAAAAGGCGUCCUCACAGAGUCUCAGAAUCCGAUGGAUUGGUAGAGCCACCGGCUAAAAAUAUGCCCAGAAAUGCUUCUCAGCCGGCUUUUUCCACUCAAGCUCAAGGUAUCCCCAAAAAUGGUUCAGUUCCAACAUUCGAUCGCAUCCGGAAGACAUCGCAGGGAGAACGCUUCAAACCAUCCUUGGCCGCAAUAAAGGCCAGCUCUCGUGCCGACAUGGGUAGCAACAAUGGCGAAGUACGUAAGAACACUCAAUUAAAACUGUCGGCAAGCUCAGUUACCGGAAGCAGACCAAACAAUACAGACGACAGUGAUGGAGAAUUUGUGUACAUGUCCAAGAGCUCUCUGUCCAAGGAACGUCCUGCAAUUGUUAGACCAAUGUCUCGCAAGGAUAUCUUCUACUCUGGAUCUGUGACCAAUUUGCGUGAAUUCCAAUCUCAAAAGUCUCUGUCGCACUAUCGCAAUUCGGUAAUUUCGCUGCCAAAAUAUGAGAAAACUAGCCGGAUGGAUGUUCGGGAUGGUGGUGAAGACAUCGAGCGUGGCGAGAAGUAUGACUUGUGUCCAUGCCUCGUAUUGCCUGACUCUUUCAAAUCCGCUUUGGCCACUAUGCUGGAUGUCAGUCUGCUCAAGGAUCCAGUCUUCAUGAUGAUCGGAAUCUCAAAUGUGUUCGGCAUGGCUGGUCUUUAUGUGCCAUUUGUCUACCUUGUGGAUGCUGCUGUUCUGUCCGGAAUCAAUCAGAACUCUGCCUCCUUCCUCCUCUCAAUUAUCGGUAUCACCAAUACUUUUGGUCGUGUGAUCUGUGGCUAUGUAGCUGAUUUUCCCAAGGUGGAUUCUCUUCUCCUCAAUAACAUGUGUCUCGUCGUAUCGACCAUUGCUGUAGCCCUGACGCCCUUCUGCAAUUCCUAUGGCGCCUACGUUGUCAUGGCUAUCUUCUUUGGCGUUGCUGUCUCCGGAUAUAUCUCUCUCACUUCCAUUCUUCUUGUCGAUCUCCUGGGUCUGGACAAGCUGACAAAUGCCUUUGGCUUGUUGAUCCUAUUUAGGGGUGCUGCUGCAAUUAUUGGAUCUCCCCUGGCUGGUGCUGUUUAUGAUGCUACUCAGAGUUACGAUAUUCCAUUUUACAUGGCUGGUUUCUUCUUCCUGAUCUCCACUAUCACCAGCUUCAUGGCUCCACUGAUGAAGAGAUGCGUUAAAGCUACAGAUGCACCUGCCUAUCCUGAAGAAGCACUUACGCCCAUUGACGAAGAGCCCGCCGAAGAUCUCGCCGAUGACGAUGAACCUAUCACAAUGGUGCCGAAGAUUGUUCAUACAGCGCCAUCUCCAUCCACCGAGCAGCCCCAGAGCAUUUCCGAAGAAGGCAAGAAGAAUGUCGAUAAGGAGGUCAAUCAGCGUGAGUCUGUUCUCUGAAAUCCAAUUAAUUACUCGCGCUAUAGACGCUUCCUUUUGGGAAAGAAGAAAUACUAUUAGACAUUGACAUAGCUUAAUUUAAUAAUAUAUAUUUUUUUGUUUUUUUAUCAACUCUUUCCUCACGUUGACCUUUUAUUUUUUUUUCGGUGUAAAUAUUGCGAUUAUUCGAAGAGAAUUACUAUAUGUAGAAUUUUAUUAGAUGGUAAUUAAUUAAUUAUGUUUCAAUGAUGAAUGAUUUUUAGGAGAAUUUUUACAAUUUAUUAACAUUUUAAAAAAUUUCAUGGUAGAAAAAAUAAAUUUUUAAUUUUAAUAUUGUGCUAAUGCGUAAUUAUCUCAUGAAUUACGCCAAGCAUUCGUUCAAAUUAAUUUCUAGUUAGGUGAUGAAUAUGAUAAUAGAAAUUUUAUUAUUUAAAAAAUUUAAGAGAAAAAAAGAAUUAUUUCAUUAAACCAUAUCAUUUCAUGGGGAAAAAUUAAAAAAAAAAGAGAAAAUGAAAAAAAAAAAACAAAAACAAGAACAAAAAAUGCGAUAGCAAACAGAUGUUGCAUGAAAGAUUAUAAAUGAGAGAACAAAAAAAUGAAGAAUCAGCGUGAAUUUCUUGUAGUAUACGGCAAAUAUAUAGAGCGAUUUUGCGGGAGAGAUUAGAAGAAGAAUUAUAUUGUGAGAAUGUGAAAAUAUUAACUUUUAAUUGCAAACACUGUGAUAUAACUCAGUGAGUUAAAAACAAUAUAAUAUUUUUGCUUGUGCUCAACAUCAAUGAGAUAAUAAGAAAAUCCGAUGUAAUGUGACACUUUUGACACUGAAAAAGCAAAAAGGUAAUAUAUCAAUUUGAAAUUAUUUUUUUUCUUAUGGAAUAAAUUUGUGAGAUUUCAGGAAGGAUUUAGGGCAGAAUCACAUUGACAAUAAAAUGCUCGCCGUAGCGUCACCGUAUUUCGUUAAUUUACGCAUUUUCAUUGCAAUUCUUACGGAAAUUCUCAAUUACCGUAUUACCUUAUCUCAUACUCGGUGGCACUAGGUGAAAAUAAUAAAAGAAAAUUGAAGAAAUAAAACGAAAAUUCGAUAAACGAUGAGCAAGAAAAAAAACUGUAAGAGAAAUUAAUCGUACGGUUUUUUUCUUGCUCACCGUUUAUCGAAUUUUCGUUUUAUUUCUUCAAUUUUCUUUUAUUAUUUUCACCUAGUGCCACCGAGUAUGAGAUAAGGUAAUACGGUAAUCGAGAAUUUGCGUAAGAAUUGCAAUGAAAAUAGGUAAAGUAACGAAAUGCGGUGAGCAUUUUACUGUUAAUGUGAUUCUGCCCUUAGUGUUCAAAUUCAAAGUUGUAUUUUAUUUUGUAAGAAAACCUCGCGAAAAAUUAUUAUAUUUUUAAAUAUAAUUAAUGAUUAUAUCUAUGAUGGCCUAAAGAGAUUCGGUUCGAAUAGAAAAAAGAUUACUUUUUUACUGCUCGAACUUAAAAUGGGAAAAGUAUAUAUAAAUCCGCUUUUAUUCAAGUUAGGGUAAGUGUGCCAAAUUUCGGCAUAGUUGCAUAUAAGCACCGCAGUCCUAAGUUUGAAAUGCAAUAUUUUUAAUUCAUAUUUAUAUUUUUUUUGUUAGUUCUUUUUCUGGAAGGUUGUGUGGAACCUUGAAAACUAAGUUUAACAUCUUUUUUUUCUUUAAAUAUAUAAUAUAAUUCUUUAUUAGCGUCCAUUUUGGACCUUGUAACAUACAUUGUCUAACUUAAUUUAAAUUAAUACAUAUUUUUUGCAGCUUCCAAUCUUCUCAAAUAAUCUGCCCCUCUUCCAUCUUCGUUCAGAAUUUCUCCUCUAUCUUCCUUCCCUUUUAUAUCCCUGCAGCACCCUAAUAACCCUAAUAACUAAUACAUGUCUUAAAUCGUCUAACCCUAUAUUACAAAAAGUACAUUUUUUGUCUCCCUCCUUCCUCCAUCUCUCUAAUGCCUUUUCACCGUUUUCACAUCUAUAUUUUGCAAGUAUUUUUAUCGCAAUCCCUUUUUUCAAGUACUUCGGUAUCCAAGGGGUCCAUAAGAGCUCGUAUUCUUCUGUCAGUGCGUUAUAUCUUUCCUGAUCUACCCAUUCGCGAUCUCUUUUUUGUAACUCGCACCAGAUGGAUAUUCGCUCGUUUAAUCUUGUAUUGACUAUCAUUUCAGAGUAACCAACUCUUUCUAGGAACUUCCUUCUACUUUUCUUCCAUGUUGAUUCCGGUUGAUCAUUUCUCCUCAUCUCCUUUACACACUCUUUCAACACCUUGUUCGGACUUCUUCUAAUAGUUUUCUUAAAAUCACUUCCUAAAAUAUUGAAAAAUUAAUAAUAAUAUGGACAUUGCUUUGGGUAGUAUUCCGGCCACUUUGAAUGAAAUACCGGCCACCUUUUUUCUGACCACCUUUUGUGACGCAACGGAUAGAAAAUUUCAAAACGUCAAACGGAACGAGUUUAAUAUUUAGUUUAAUACGUUUAUAUGACCCACAACCCCUGAAAUCUUCCGUGUCAUUUGUCCUGAAAACCUGAAGAGUAGCAUCUCAAAUUUACACGCAGAUUCCCAUAGCAAUUUGCCCUUCCUGAGCUCUUCCAAGGCCUUUUCUACAUCAUACUUUUCAUAGAAGCGAUGGUUUUUAUCUCUGGACAUUGUAGAACUCAGAAAUUGAAAAAAAAACACACACAAAAUGAAUAAGCAAUUUAGGAAAGCAAAAGAUGAUGCCGGAAUAGGCAACACUACCUCACCGGAGAGACGUUCACAAAGUAUAUAUUUUUUUACACGAAAUACAGGAUCCAGCUGGGAAAUUUUACCCGAAAUUUAAAGAUUGGUUCACUAUUAACAUAAACAGAAACAAUCUUUAAUGAAAACUAAUCAAUUUUCGUGAAAAAGACCGAAGAAAAACCUUUUGCACUUCACCACAAAUCAGAAGACUGCUAGAAACACAAUCGAUCAGUCACAUUUUUUGUAAGACUCUUUCCACACCGAGAACGCAAUUUAAAUUCAAAUUAUACCUAAAAUUUAACGGUAUUUGUGUUAAUACAUCCUAAAAUUAAUAAAUAUUUAAAAGCAAAAUUAAUUCAUUGACUAUUCGAAGAUUACAUACAUAAUUUUAACUAAUUUAUUUACAUAGCCGAAAUUACACUCAAAGUGGCCGAAAUUAGAAGCUGGCCGAAAUUUGGCACUCUUCCCCUAACUAAAAUUAUUUUUCCCAAGAUUUCCUACAAUGUUUUUUUUUUUUAAAUCCUUGUCUGUUUGAAAAAACCUUUUUUUUGUUCUGCUGAGAUUAAUUUUUUUUUCUAAUAAAGAGUAUUUAAGAGCUCCACGAGUCUUCUGAAUAUGAUAACUUUGGAAAAUACUCGCCAGAUGGAGUUAUUUUUGAAUAUUUUCCUUCCAAAUUCUUGCAAAAUCUUUUCAUAAGAAGAUUAUUAUUGAUUAACGACUAAAGAAAACUCAUAAAGAUCAUCAGUGUGUGAAAAAAUGUCAAACUUGUGUAAUAAAAAAAAACAAACAUAAAAUUAAUAGAAAUAUAAAAAUCAAAUAUAUAAGAAAAUGGAUAAUGGACAUAGUUUCAUGUCUAAAUCUAAAUAUUAUUCAAUGAUUUGAAUAUUUUACCCAAAACGAAUGCAAUUGAAUUGAAUGAAAAACCAGCCAAUCAUUCCAUAGAAAAUUAUCGUAUGAGAAUUAUUAAAAAAAAACGAGUUGAGUCUUUAAGAGACAGAGAGAGAGAGAAAGAAAAAUUGAUGAUGUAUAAAUGUGCGAAAGAGAUAUUUUGGAAAUGUUAUUUUUCUAUGUAAAUAACAAAAAGAAAAUAAUUUGAGCACUUGUACAGAUAUAAUAUUUUCCUGUAAUGCCACAAAGAGAACUUGAGGAGAUUCCUAUUAGAUGACACUUUUUCCCAUUAAAUUGAUGAGAGAAUGAAGGCUUAAAAUUUUCAGAAAAUCUCACAAGACAACUUUUGCCACUGUUUAUGUGCUUAAAAAAAAUAUUACCUCAAGAUAAAAUGGUAUAAAACUUUAGAAACCGGAAAGCAAAAUAUUCUAUUUUGCUGUUUAGCAAAAUGUAAAGAAGAACAAUUUAGAAAAGAAAUAUAUAUAUUUAAAAAAAAUGGAAAUAGCCAGCAUAAGAAAUAGCCAUAAUAGCCGUAAAUAUUAAAUGUUGACAAUGAAGAUGAAGAAAUAUUUCACACAAUCAUUGAGAGUUGAAAAAAAACAUUGGUGUAUUGUUCAAUGUUCAUUGAAAUACUUCAGUGAUUGCCAUUUUUUUUCUGUCUGUGUUCUCAGCAUCACAGACAGUCUAAUACAUAUAUAGAUGUACUAUUAAACAAAAAUAAAAAAAAAACAAGAAGCUGUCUUUGAAUGUAAUAAUAAUUGUAAUUAUACAGAAAAUAUUCACUAGUUGCACUAAAGAAAAAUGCGGUGAAUACAGAUGAGAGCAGCUUGAAGAUAAGAGCUUUUCUAAGCACUCUUCUACUAUUCGUCCCCACAACUCCCUCAGACUACAAAAUAUCCUCAAUAUAGCUUAACUUUUUAGAAGAAUUACUCCGAUAGAAGAAUAGAUAAAUAUUUCCAUACAAAUUUGUGAGAUUCUUUUUUUCAGAAUAAAUAAUAUUGUGUCUGAUCUUAUGAGCUUUAACAAUAUUUUCCACCUGUUUAAUAAAAAUUAUAGCAAAGAGAUUUAAAAAUGUUUUAAAGAACAUAAUAGCCACUUCAGACCAAUAUUUUAGUCGCUUUUGUAAAUGGUUAAUAAAUCCCAUGAUCGGAUCUUAUAGAUCACGAUCACAGCUUCAGUCCAAAGUUUCCGUACUUAAAAUGUAUUGGCUGCCUCAAUAUUCAUCGGAUGUGCAACGCUGAUGAAAAUAUAAAAAUUAUGUGUCAAUUAA